UAGUCCAAUCCCAUCCAAUCUUCUAUCUCUUGCUCAAUCAACUGAGUUUAGGACUUUGAACGAACUGAAAAGAGUCUAACAUACUUAACUGUCAAGCUCAUGUAUUUUUGUCCCUUGUCUGUCCGAUUUAAGCAAUUUUUAUCUUAUUGAAUUCUCCCUCUGCAAUGCCAGGAACAAUCCUGGUCUCAGUCCUGGAAUUCAUGGGUCUUCCGUUAUCUUCAACAUCCAUAAAGGUUUCCAUGGGGAAAACAGAGUCCCUCAUCAGCGAGGAGGGAGACUUUUCCUUCCCAUUAGCUAGUCUUCGUGAGGAUCUCAUUAUCAAACUUCAGGAUUCUGAUGGGAAUGAAAUAUCUCGUAUAGGGUUUCAUACGAAGUCAAUAGUUGAGAAAGGUGUUUGGGAAGACAUCUUUGCCCUUGGGCAUGGACACCUGCGUCUGAAGCUGCAGUUCAUCCUCAAUGAUGAAGACCGUGACCGGAUUCGUAUGAUGAGACAAUCUGCGUUGAAGAAGAAACAUGAUGAGCUUCUCAGUAGCAGUCCCAGGGGUUCAGAAAGUGAUAGUGCUUCUGUUGGCAAUGCUGCACUAGCCUUCAGGAAUGAUGAGAAUCUCCAAAAAGACACCUACAACUUGAAGCCGUUUCUCAAGGGGAAAAACCUGUUGGUUUCCGAACUGAGAAAAAAAACCGGCCCUAACAUUAUAUUGGGGGCUGAGCCUGAUCUAAUGCAGCUACACCCAAACGGCGCAGUUCAAUAUAAGGAGAUCUCAUCAAACAAACCGCUGUCAGAAGCAUUUGAUCCUACUAAAUUAAAAGAAAAGGGUUUAACUAAGAAGCCUGGUUUUGGUUCAGCACUUUCAAAAGAUCCUCAGAGAGCUAUAAAUUCAGAGGAAGUAGUAGCUAUUUCAUUUAGAAGCUCAAAUCAGAAUGAAGUUGCAGAGAAUAAUCUGAUACAGCCCAAUCCCAGCAAUGUGAGAAAAAUGAUUAGUGCCUUUGAAAUGCAAACUGGUCUAGCUCAGGAUAUGAGAUCUCCCAUCAAAUCACCUUCAUCAGAUCACUGUUCAAGUACAAUUGAAACAAAAGCUUCUUCCAAGGCUAAGCACUCAGGGAAAGAGAAGGCUUGGAAUAAAGGGCCAGUGGGCUUGUCACAAGGAAAAUACAGAUGUAGCUCUACGGUAAGAGAGUUGAAACAAGCCCAGUUAUAUAAUGGAGAAAACAGAGAGCGACUUAAUUCACUUAGUCAUGGGAAGGAGUUACUGAACAAGCAAACAAAUUCAAAUGCCAGGAAUAAAUUCAAACUAUCACAUAAAUCAGAUAGAGAGGAAGAUAAAUAUAGCAAAGAUUUUGUGAGAACAUUUGCAUUUGAGGCAGUUACUUCAGGGAAGAUGCCUGAGAAGAUUUCGGAUAUAUAUCAUCCUAGCAAUCUGUUUGAUUCCAGGAAAGAUUCUAGAAGCAACCCAAACAAAGGAGUAAAAAGGGGAGAUGCCUUGAAAAGUUCUCGUGAAUUAUGUGUCAACAGGGAUUCACCACCUAAACUGAAUUCAGGGAUACACUUUGAUGAUAAUUAUUGCCCUUUUGAAUGUUCUGGGGCCUGGAUAUUCCCUGAUGAACAAAGAAAGUUCUGUCUAACAACUGGUGGUAAAAAUGUAAUGGCUUUAUUGGAAAGUCUGGUUACAAAGCGCAUAAACCAUGAGAGAAGUUUGGAUACCUCGAUAUUAGAAAAUACGGAAAAGAAUGGAGCAUAUAUUGGGACUGGAGCUGAAGCAAGCAAAAAUGCGAAGAUAGAUGAGACUGAAGAGUCAAAGUCUAAAAGCUCCGAUGGUAAUGGAGAUGAAAUUUCUGGAAGACCCAUUAAACAGGCAAUAAAAGUUGCAAUCAUCAUAGGGUUUGGAAUAUUUGUUCUCCUCACAAGACAAAGAAAAGGAAGAUAAAAUCUGGUUAUGGGUAGGCUUAAGAUACCGGAUGGUCCAAUCCAAGACAAAGUCUGGUUGUGGAAGUUGAAGUUGCUGGACAUGAAGGGAUCCAAUCAUCCAAAUCUCAUCCGGGAUUUUCUGUGACACAGAUUCUUUUUUUCUUUUAAUCAAAUGCAAUAACAAUUUGACAAAAGUUUUUCUUUCAUGUAAAUUUCUGUCAAAGUAACCUCAUCUGCACUUUUUUCUGGUUUUGUUGACAGAAUGUAAUUUUUCAGUUAGGGAUUGAUUUGUAGCAGAAUUAUUAUGUAGUUUGGAUUCAACUCCUCCUCAACAAGUAUUUUCAGAUUCAACAGUUAUAUGUUAAUUAAACCCAGAUUUUCGCUUC